GUUUUUUAGGAUCGAUUUGUUGGUCUCUUGUUGGCUCCAAACUCUUUUAACAUAUUUUAAAGCUUUGAUGUUGCUUGUAGGAUCUUUUAUCAAGCAAAGACUUCUCUUGAUGGGGCAGCAAAGAAAAGUAAAAAUGAGACUCAACCAGAGCCAAUACUCCUUGAUUUGAUUGACAAUCAUCUCGUUCUUGUUUCAAUUUAUGUGUCUUUUAUUUAUUGGAUGGACUUGGUUUAGUGUUGAUUUCAUUCAUAAUGUGUUUUGAAUUGUAAUUAAGCUGUCAAGCAUGUUGUGUUAUGGGAUUUCUACUCUGUUUGAUUGAUAUAAUGUGACUCUAAUAUCAAUUUGAAAUGUAGUUUUCGUAAAACCUUUCGUGUUUGAUAUAUUGUUAUAAUUGAAAAUUCCCUUGGCUUUGUUGAAUUGAGCAUUGAAUUGGAGAAUACUCUAGCAGCCCUUCACCGUCAGACUUGUUCCACCUUUGCAGUUUGAAGUGAACAGUAAAGGGAGUUUGAUUUAGAAAUCACCACAACACAGAAGGCAGGGCAUGAUGGAAAAUUACAGCUUUAAAAUAAUUGCUCAGCUCUCAUGAAUUCCUAAUGCAUGGAUUUAUGCUCAUGAAGCAGGUGGAGAUGGGGAACUUGGUGAUGAAGUUGAAGUUAAUUUUAAUGGUCAAGAGAGAUACUAAUGGUAAAGCUAGUAGGAAAAGGGGGAUAGUUUUUGAUUCGUGGGGCGAAGACAAGUUAGAAGAUGCCAUCAAAUUUUGUUUCUAUGGACCUACCAAAAAUUGUUACGGGAAGAAACUUCAGUUGACAGCAGAAAAGCACAAAUAGUGAAAGAUCCCUUCAAUGCCUUCACCUCUUCCUCUUGAACCAGUUGCUCUCAACUAUGGUUGUGAUGCAAAUCAUGAUAUCCCUUUUGCUACAAUUACUAGACCCUCUAAGGAAUUGUAGAGGAAAGAUGAGGAGAUUGGCCAUGGAAGUUGAAUUUAACUAGCAGUAAGAGGUAUGUUAAGGAGAUUGAAUUGAGACAUGUAGACUUUUACGAUUUUCACUCAAUGUUUUCUUUGGGACAUUCAGCACAGGAAGUGAAGCAAAAUAGAGGCAUUAGCAAGAGGUAACUUGCAGUUGAUGUUAUGUUUUGUUGAUUACUCAUCAUAUCCACGUAGUGGUUUGUUUCUGUUGCCUUUGAUGGAUUAUUAGUCUUUCAUUCAUGCCAUGAUGGUGUAGAAUUUUUGAUUUUUUGUUUUGCAGAUUGGCCGCCAUUUGCCUCAGUUGUUCGCAAUGAUAUAUUGAUUUAUCUAGAAAAGUUGAUGUACAUUGCCUUUUCAUCAUUCUUAGGAUUGGUUCUGUGCUUUUUUUGGAAUGUCACAGCUACUACUGCAGCAUACAUCAAAGGGGAAGGAUGGAAGCCAGGCAGUAAUGAGACUGCUUUGGUGAAUACCUAUCCAAUCCAAUCCAAGAAGCAUCAUACUAGGGAAUUGGAUAUAGUCUUGCCAUUAUGGAGAUAGUUUGCAACAUCUUACAAGAACUAAAGAUCAACCACCACAGUUUUGAACAUUACACAAUUGUCAGAAGAUUAGAAAGAUGCUCGUAUCUGUUUAUGGUGAAUGGAAGGGCAAAUUUUUGACAGGGAACAGAGAUUUUAUCUUGAAAAUUUUGUUGAUCGUGUUCACUGGUGCUUACUUACCGGGACUAAAUGAUACAUGGAAUG